AUGGAUGAUAUUGUAAACGCAUUGAGCAAUGCAGUAGUUUCCAUUGGAAUUGAGUCCAGUUCUACUGCAGGACUUACUUCCAAAUUAGAACAGGCAGCACAAACCAUUAGAACCAUUGUACUUGGAGAAAACGAACAAACUUUGGGAGAUGUACAACAAAAGACUCUUACGUCAUUGCAGGCUUGUGCUGAUUUAGGAGAUUGUGUGGACAGCAUUAUUGAAAAACAACAUAGUGUUCUUUCUGAACAAAAGAAACAGUUUAAUGAAUUAUUUCCAUGA